CGAUUUCGAAUAUGCAUCUACAAUUGGCGUCAGUGCUACACGCGUCUGAGGGUUCAUGAUCGAUCGGAUGGGCUACUUCUUAGCUUUCGUCUCAGGUCGCAUCUUCCAAAACACUGGAGUUAGUGUGAUGGUGUUGGAAAGACAAAUUAAACACACAACACAGGUUAAGUGCUGUCGCAUGAAUUAGUCUUUCACAAAUUCAAACAGAGAUGUAUGUGCAGGAGUGAUGCUCAAGUUUGUCCGAUGUUAGUCGGGCCAUUAGUGCUCUAUGAUCUCCGUACUUUCCUUGAAGGUGAGGAGAAGAAAGAAGAGGAAAUUAUUGAAGUUGUUUCUGUCCCGAUGUUUAUGGUCACAGAUUAUGAUCUUUUGAAAGGCAAUCAAAGGAAAAUUGCAAAGUACUAUAGGAAACAAGGGAAGCUUCUUCAGGGAUUCAGUGAGAUGGAAAGCAUCACCGAGUUAGAAGCACCUACACAGGACGAGCUAAACGACUUGGCAAGAAGCGAAAGGCUCGCGAUCAACGUUUCAAAUAUAGUGAACUUGAUCCUCUUCGCUUCGAAAGUAUUAGCAUGCGUCGAAAGCAAAUCCAUGGCGGUGAUCGCUUCGGCUCUGGAUUCCCUGCUGGAUCUUAUGUCGGGACUGAUUCUGUGGUUCACUUCAUAUGCCAUGAAAAAGCCUAAUCAGUAUAGCUACCCAAUCGGCAAGAAUCGAAUGCAACCUGUGGGCAUCAUUGUUUUUGCUUCUGUGAUGGGCACUCUUGGUCUGCAAGUGCUGUUAGAGUCUGGCAGACAACUUAUCACCAAGGAACACCCUACUUUCGAUCACGAAAAGGAGUUGUGGAUGGUCGGCAGCAUGUCGUCGGUCACGGUGGUCAAAUUCUUCCUCAUGCUCUACUGUCGUAGCUUCAAGAACGAAAUCGUGCGAGCUUAUGCACAGGAUCAUUUUUUUGAUGUCAUCACCAACUCCAUUGGCUUGGUCACAUCUUUGCUUGCGGUGAGAUACUACUGGUGGAUGGACCCGGUGGGUGCCAUACUGAUAGCGGUGUAUACCAUCAGCACCUGGGCGAAGACUGUACUGGAGAACGUGUGGCUAUUGAUCGGAAGAACGGCACCGCCUGAGUUCUUGGCCAAGUUGACCUACCUCAUCUGGAAUCACCAUCAACAGAUCAAGCAUAUCGACACGGUGAGAGCGUACACGUUCGGAUCGUAUUACUUUGCCGAAGUGGACAUAGUUUUGCCUGCAGACAUGCCGCUGAGCCAGGCGCAUGACAUCGGCGAGUCACUGCAAGAAAAGCUGGAGCAGAUUCCGGAGAUCGAGCGUGCUUUCGUGCACGUAGAUUUCGAGUUCACUCACAGGCCUGAACACAAGGCCAAGGUGUGAACUGAUCAGACAUUUUUUAUCUUCUGAUGCUUUCUCUUUAGUUCAUUAUCAUGAUGAUACGCCUUUAUUCAAUAAGCCCACGGGGAAGGGAACGCAUCUUCUUCGUCCGUGGGGAAAUCCAAAUCUUUAGGGUCAAGAUCGUGUAAGAUAUAAAUCCAAACAUUAAUAAUAGAUGAGAGUUCUUUGUUUC